UCGUGUUGUGUUCCCCCAGCCAUAUUGGAACAUUGGAAGUUUCCGUGAUAUCCUGGGGAUCGAGUUAGCGGCUUAAUUAUCGCCGUGAAAAGGGACAGGCGAUGGUAAACAAGUCGCCGGCUAUGUGUUGGAUAACGCCGAGUUAACGAUCGUCGAUUAGGUCUUGACUCUGCUGAUAAGAAAAUCAAAUAAGACUUGCACCAGGUACGUCAGCUGGAAGGCAAAAAUCGACUGAAACUAUGGCAGCUCCAUUUGACCCCAAUGACCGCAGCAGCUGGUACUUUGGCCAAAUGUCCCGGCAAGAGGCGACCGAUCUACUCAUGGGAGAGAAAGAGGGGGGUGUUUUUUUGGUCAGGGACAGCACAACCAUCCACGGAGAUUAUGUCCUCUGUGUUAGGGAGGACUGCAAAGUUUCUCAUUACAUCAUAAACAAAGUGCAGCAAGGCGAGCAGCACCGUUAUCGCAUUGGUGACCAGACGUUUCCCGACUUGCCAAACCUGCUGGCCUUUUACAAACUGCACUACCUGGACACAACCCCUCUAAUCAGGCCAGCCGUUCGGCGGAUAGAGAGGGUCAUUGCAAAGUACGACUUCGAAGGAAGUGAUCCGGACGAUCUGCCAUUCAAACGGGGCGAUGUAUUGACUGUGAUGGUGAAGGACGAGGACCAGUGGUGGACAGCUAAGAACAGUGUGGGACAAGUGGGAUCUAUUCCUGUGCCAUACGUCCAGAAAUAUGAAGAAGGACAACAGAAUGAAAAUUUGAGAGCGUCUACUAAUAGUAGUGGGGGAACCAUAGGACCAGCGCCUGAGACUGGAAGUCGCCGUACUAAUGCUCAAAGAAAACUACCUGCAUUUGCGAGAGUAAAACAAACAAGAGUGCCAAACGCAUACGACAAGACGGCGCUGCGGCUGGAGAUAGGGGACGUCAUCAAAGUGACCAAAAUGAACAUAAACGGACAGUGGGAAGGUGAGCUGAGCGGCCGCAUAGGCCACUUUCCGUUCACGCAUGUUGAGUUCAUCGAGUCCGAGUGCAAUGAAGGCACAAACGACGAAUGCUAAAAUACUAAAUGGCUUCAAGUGGCUGCUUCAGAAUCGAAAUAAGCCUAAUUUUUGUCUUUAAAACGCAAGAGAAGCAUCAACUAAGUGCAUUGGGCUAGUUAUUUUGCCCCCAAAUUAUUAAUCAAUUGAUUAAGUUUUAACUGUUUACUCAUUUUUUUAUAUAAUUUAACCGGAAAGUCUCUUGACCAAAAUAAUACUUUAAUAUUAAGCUCUGAAGUGCUAAAUUUCUUAGAGCUCUCUUUAAUGUACCUUUUUUACAAAUAAUUUUUACGUCAAGUGUGAGACCAACCCUUCUAGGCAAGCAAACAAAUGAAAAUGGGACAGUUCAUGCUUCUCUUGAUCGAUCAGCUCUCAAUAUUGCUAAAAUAAAUCCAGUGUACAGUCUGUAGAUGUGUGCGUCAUGGGUAGAAAAUUUUCGAGUGAGAGCUCUCCAGGUUGAGAUGGUCUAACAAAAAAGCGUACAAGUUUGCAAAGGCGCAACUAAACAGUGGCUUCUGAAAAAAAAAAAAUGUAAAUAACCAUACCCCGAGUAAAAGUGUCGCGAUUAAGUAAUAAUUCUAAGUCAUUUAUUUAUUUAAACUUCUGUGUAUGUGUUGUUUCCUGUGCUCAAUUCUGACUUUGUAACAAGCAUCCAAGUAAAAAAAAACGCACAGUGAAGAACGCAGUGCCAGAUGGAUAUUGAUGCAUUUUGUUAUCUUUUACGAACUCUUUUGUUGAUAAUUUUUAUUGCAAUAUUCCAGAAAAUUUGAGUAUUUAACUUCUAUAUAUUAUUGUCUCGUUAAUUUACUGUCUCCUUCGAAAUGACAAACUAAGUAAGCUUUUGACGUAGCUUUCUCGCAGAAAUAUUGUUCUGUUUGUACAGUGGAUAACUAAUGAUUAUAUUUUCCAGUCAACAAUGGCAUUAUAAAUAAAAGGAGAAUCAUAUCAGGCUUGAA